AUGUCGCCUCAGACUGACCUUCAAGUUAGGCCCUCGGGUAUAUUCAAGAGGGUCAAAGAUAAGAUCCAAGCCUGCUUGGACCUUAAGAAGAAACACGAUAUGCAACUUGCAGAAUUAGGGGAACCGACCGACUCCUACUGCUAUAAAGCUACCCUGGUCAAGUACCAUUGUCCCCAGACAGAUGAGCUUCAUGCAACCACUGAUACCGAGGCAUUCGUAAACAGCUGGGAGGUAACUAACUCUCAGUUCAGGAGACUCCAUGAAAGAUUCAAGCGCCUGUUCCAAAUCCCUGCAGUGGAUGUUACCUUUCCGAACUUUCGGUGGACCGCGAGAGUGAAUGACAUCUACGCAACCUGGAUGGGACACUCGAGUGUUUACAUGGAGUUCUAUUGGAGUGGCCUCACUGUCCUUUGUGACCCUGUAUUUGAAGAUACGUGUGUGUAUCGAGGAGUGAAGGAACGCCGCCUCAAUCCACCGCCGUGCAAGAUCGAGGAUAUCCCCUUUAUCGAUAUCGUCUUGAUUUCUAACAGCCACCCUCAGCACUUUUCAUAUCGCACGAUAAAAAAGAUCCAUAAGAUUCAUCCCUUCUGUCAGUUUAUUGUCCCGAGAGGAUGCGGGGACUGGUUCAGAGAGAAUAGUAUCGAUACAGUGACCGAGCUUGACUGGUAUGAGAAGGUGGACUUUCAGUCCCUGCCAUACGCCAAUGCAUCGGACACCGCUCAGAUUGUGGAAGCUGGAUGGGAAGAACGCAAAGACGUGAAUGCCACUAUAUGGUGUCUUCCCUGCCAGUAUGAAAGCCCCAUGGGCCCGGGGAGCAGGGCAAAGGGGCUCUGGGCUGCCUGGCUGAUACGGUCGGAAAUGUGCAAUGUCUAUUUCUGCGGGUAUGCACCUCGUAUCCUCAAUGGUAACUAUACACAUGCUAACAUUUCACUAACCAGGGCAACUGGAUACCGGACUCCAGAAGAUGUCCCGCCCGGCGCGGAUCCACUCUUCACGAGGGUUGCAAAACGUCCGUACACCAAUAACCGCUGUCCCCAGGAGUUGUGCAAGAUCAUCGGAAGCAUACGCCCUUGUAUAGAUCUUGCAUGCAUCCCAAUCGGCGGAUAUAAACCCCGUACUCUCUGGAGCGGGAGGAACUGCGACCCCACCGAUGCGAUAAUGAUGCUCGAGGACUUGGGGGCCCAGUUUGGCCUCGCCAUAGGCUAUGGCACCUGGGGGACCACGAACGAAGAGUCCAGAGCAAUUGAGGACGACUUUGAGCGUGCUUGCGUCGCACGGGGGUGUGAAAGCGGCAAGUUCAAUAUCACUGGAAUUGGCCAGACCAUAGGAUACCCUCAAACCGCUGCUCGCGGACCGGUGGACCCGCAGUCUCUCUGCGAAAACAGGUCCGAGUGGCUGAAGAUGAAAUUGCGCGAAAAAAGGGGUUAUGACCCUUGCUGUGGAAGUGUACCUUACAGGCCUCGUGCACAGUAA